AUGGUCUGUAAGAGUGACGCGGGCUGUACGAGUGGCGUGGGCUGUAAGAGUUACAUGGACUGUAAGAGUGGCGUGGGCUGUAAGAGUGGCAUGAACUGUAAGAGUGGUGUUGGCUGUAAGAGUGGCGUGGGCUGUAAGAGUGGUGUGGGCUGUAAGAGUUGCAUGGACUGUAAGAGUGAUGUGGGCUGUAAGAGUGGUGUGGGCUGUAAGAGUGGCGUGGGCUGUAAGAGUGGUGUGGGCUGUAAGAGUUGCAUGGACUGUAAGAGUGGUGUUGGCUGUAAGACUGGUGUGGGCUCUGAUAGUGACGUGGGCUGUAAGAGUGACGUGGGCUGUAAGAGUGGCGUGGGCUGUAAGAGUGGCAAGGGCUGUUGGCUGUAA